AGCUUCCUUCGCGGCGUUUUCAAGGGAGUUCCGUUGAAAGAAAACGAUCAAUACUUAGAGCAAGUUCCGAUUUGCACACAGUUGCUUGCUGGGAUCCUUCGGGAAAAGAGAUCCCUGCUUUUAUAUCAACGCAUACUUUUGAGUAUCCAGCCCCAUUCCUGACUUGUAUAUGGCGUUCAUGAUACCAGUAGUUCGUAAUGACUGGGAUGUGUGGAUGCGCUCCCGGAAACCUCAUCCGCCGGAUAAAAUCUCACGUAAUGGACAGACUACAGAAAGCCGUACUGGUGAUCCUAGUUUAUCGACCACCCCUGACCGCAGUGGUAGCAUUGUAGUGGAAAAUGUCCAUAGGAAAAGAAGCCUGGCAAUUGAGAUUCGUAACCAGCAACAUUUGAGGAUCAGUGGUGGCAGUCUUCCUUCUAACUUCCAAUCAGCCCAUGUCGGGCUGCCAGUUAGCCGAUCUUCUUUACGACAUGGACGACCUUUAACUUCACGUUUCCGUUCGAUGCACAGUAGCUACCGAAUCGGAAACAAUCAUGCUCUCGAAUCAGACUCACCGAUUUCGCCAAUUAAACCUGAGAAUGCGGGAACUGCUUCCUUGUCCAACUGUUUUGAGGAAGUAACUUCAUCGGCGAAAAUAGGUUCACAAAAUUCCCUACAAAAAUUUCAUACGCGUUUGGUUGAUCGCCUCCGCCGAUCGCUGCGCCUAAGUUCUUCGUCUGCAUCCGAUGGAGGAGAGAACGGUAGUCGCACGUCAUCAUAACAAAAGCGGUAUUUGCAGUGCAAUCAUCCAACAAAUGACGCUUGGCAUUUUGUGAAAUCCAGAAACUAAACGGAAAAACGCUGGUUAGUGAUGAUGUCAUACGUGGAUUUUCCCUAUAUUUCCUGCCCUUUAUAAAUCCGGUUCCGUAGUAGUAACCGGAUAUCUAAAUACGCGUUGUUUUUGGCCGCCUAUGGCAAUACAUCCUUACAUUUAUUUUCUAAAACACAAUUACAUAUAUUCUUUGUACUCAUAUAAAAGUGUGUAACAUCAAACGUUCCCUGUGUUGGUUUAAUGUAUAUAUAAUUAUAUAUAUUAUAUAAUCAAUAACUAUUCCAAUAAUCGGAAUGAUCCUACUUAUUGUUACGGUAUUGCAACGUUGUGAGCUAAGGUAACAAGAAUUGUGAAAUCAUAUUGGCCGUAUAUGCAUUGCGAAGUUUUAUGCCUACGUUUUCGAACGGUCCCCGCUACUUUGACAACCCUAUUACAUGCAAAAGUAAAAAAAACUAAAUAUGUAACUAUCAACGGAAUAUAUGAGAUUUCGUCUAGCAUCAGCUGCUACCAGACAGAAACAAACAA